UGUAAGAUUGUACAAGUGGAGAUGGCCAACUAAGGCUCACGGUAAGAUCGUGAGAACCAGGUAAGAAUUCAGGAGUUAAGAAACACAAACAAACGGCUCUGCUCUGGUAUGCGUGCGUCGGAGAAUAGUUUUACAUUUACAGAUAUUUAUAUAUAUUAUAUAAUAUAUAUAUAUAUAUUUAAACACGCACGUACUUACCGACGACGAAACAUAAAAAGACGCUGCUUUCUCCAUAAUUAAACAAACAAAACAUUUCUUCUUCUUCAAAAGUCUUCUGGCUUUUUCACAAACACUUUCUCGUUGAUCUAAAAGCGGGACUAGAGAAUAAUGAGUUUCAGGGAUGAUAGUGACGACGGAAGGGAUCUUAGAAAGCCCUUCCUCCAUACUGGCAGCUGGUAUCGGAUGGGCUCAAGGCAAUCCAGUAUGAUGGGCUCCACUCAGGCCAUUCGGGAUAGCUCCAUCUCCGUCGUGGCCUGUGUUCUUAUUGUGGCUUUGGGUCCUAUCCAAUUCGGAUUCACGUCUGGUUAUUCUUCUCCUACCCAAGCUGCAAUCACCAAGGAUCUUGGACUCACAGUGUCAGAGUUUUCUCUGUUUGGAUCUUUGUCCAAUGUUGGUGCCAUGGUUGGGGCCAUAGCGAGCGGUCAAAUAUCUGAAUAUAUUGGUCGAAAAGGGUCUUUGAUGAUAGCUGCGAUUCCUAACAUUAUCGGAUGGCUUGCCAUAUCAUUUGCCAAAGAUUCUUCAUUUCUCUACAUGGGAAGGUUGUUGGAAGGCUUUGGUGUGGGGAUAAUCUCGUACGUGGUACCUGUAUAUAUAGCUGAGAUAUCACCUCAAAACUUAAGAGGCAGUCUGGGUUCAGUAAACCAGCUAUCUGUCACCGCGGGCAUAAUGCUGGCUUAUUUGUUGGGACUUUUUGUUCCCUGGAGAAUACUGGCAGUUUUGGGAGUACUGCCUUGCACAAUACUGAUUCCUGGACUGUUCUUUAUUCCAGAAUCCCCUCGGUGGCUUGCCAAAAUGGGCAAGACAGAUGAUUUUGAAGCCUCUUUGCAAGUUCUUCGUGGUUUUGAUACUGAUAUUUCAGCUGAAGUAAAUGACAUCAAGAGAUCUGUAGCAUCUUCAAGCAAAAGGUCAACAAUUCAUUUUGCAGAACUCAAGCAAAGACGAUACUAUAUGCCUCUCACGAUUGGAAUCGGAUUACUUGUACUUCAGCAGAUUAGUGGAAUUAAUGGUGUUCUAUUCUAUUCAAGUACCAUUUUUGAAGCUGCUGGGGUGAAAUCAGGUAAUGCAGCAACAUUCGGUCUUGGGGCUAUUCAGGUCAUGGCUACUCUAGUGACUACGUGGUUGGUGGACAAGGCAGGCCGUCGGCUUCUCCUUAUUGUUUCCUCUGCUGGAAUGACACUUAGCCUCCUUGUCGUAGCAGUAGCAUUCUAUCUAAAGGAAGCUGUACCAAGCGAUUCUGGUUUGUAUAGCGCAAUGAGCAUCCUAUCAGUGGUUGGGGUCGUGGCAAUGGUAGUUGCCUUCUCCUUGGGUGUUGGAGCUAUUCCAUGGAUCAUAAUGUCUGAGAUUCUUCCAGUCAAUAUUAAAGGCCUAGCUGGAAGUGUAGCAACUCUUGCUAACUGGUUCACUGCCUGGGUGGUCACGAUGACUGCAAAUUUGCUCCUGCACUGGAGUACUGGAGGAACCUUCACCAUUUACAUGGUAGUGAGUGCUUUCACUGUGAUAUUUGUGGCCAAAUGGGUUCCUGAGACAAAAGGAAGAACUUUAGAAGAGAUUCAGUCAUCCUUCAGAUAAAGGAUUCCUUCUCCUUUCCCUUCUCUUUCUGGAUCGAAGAAGCCAAUUCUACAGGCACCUUCUUCAGUCAACAAAGAGUUGUUGGUCCAUAUUUUUUUCUUUCCCGGUAAUAAUAAUGUGUUUAAAAAAUAUUGCCCAUUAAUUCAAUCGUGUGUUCAAUGCA